CUGUUUGGCAAAAUCAUUGAGGAUGACGAUGUUCAAAGGCUUCUUUUGACAUGCUCGUCCUGCAGAAUACCCAAAGGAAAGAACACGGAGUUUCUUAUGAACAAUAGUUCAGUGGACAGUAUAACUUUUGAUAAUGAAACGGGAAAAUGUACUCAUUUGCAUGGAGAAUGUAUCUCAAGUAAAUGCCACUGCAGUCCAACUGGAAAUACCUUUGUUCGUAUUUUUUUACUGGAGAGAUCGUUCAAAACUGCUACAUAUUUUUCGUGCAACAUGAGAUUUGAAGACAAAGUAAAAUCAGAAGUAUUCUCUAAGGUGACAACUGUGCAUUUCAACGGAAAAGAAUUUAAAGAUAAAGGUACCCGCACAGUUACAACAAAAUUAUCUGAUGACCACAAUAAUCCAAACGACAAAGACGGAAAUACAGGGGAAGUAUUGGUAGCUGUAAUCAGUGCUUUAACAGUUGUGGCUUUCAUACUGGUCGUAGGAAUAUGGUCGCAUAGGAAACAAAGACACAAAGGAAGAAAGCGUGCAUUGAAAAAAAACACUGAUGAGGAAACUGCAUUUACUGGUAAAGUUAUGUUAAACAGAUUAACAUUAAUAAUCCGAAAUUGA